CUUUCAACUAUAAAUUAAUCAAUGAUCCCUUGCUCUUGUAGCAAAAUUUCAUUCUCAACACAAACUUAGCUCUGUUUCACUGUCAUGAAAUGGAAUUUUAUGAUCUGAAAUCGAUUGCAGUCUCCAUAGUUUUGGUUACAGUUGUAACAUGGGCAUGGAGUGUGCUGAACGAGGUCUGGUUUAGGCCAAAGAAGCUGGAGAGGUAUCUGAGACAACAAGGUCUUAAAGGCAGACCUUACAGGUUUAUGUAUGGAGACAUUAAAGAGAACGCCAUGAUGUUAAAAGAAGCUAAAUCCAAACCCCUCAGUAUCUCAGAUGACAUUUCACCAGUCGUUCUUCCAUUCCUGCAUAAAUUGGUCAAAGAUUAUGGCCAGAAUUCUUUUAUGUGGUUUGGUCCAGUACCCAGAGUGACCAUCAUGGAUCCUGAUCAAAUCAAAGAAAUAUUUACCAGGAUCAAUGAAUUUCCGAAACCGAAGGCCAUAAACCCUAUUUCCAAGUUGCUGGCAACUGGACUUGCAAACUAUGGUGGUGAGAAGUGGACUAAACAUAGAAGGAUUAUCAACCCAGCAUUCCAUCUUGACAAGUUGAAGCUGAUGUUACCAGAAUUCUACAAAGUAUGCAGUGAGAUGAUUUGCAAAUGGGAGAAGUUGGCGUCUAAAGAAGGAUCAUGUGAAUUGGAUGUAUGGCCCUAUCUUGUAAAAUUGACUGGUGAUGUGAUUUCUCGAACAGCAUUUGGAAGCAAUUUUGAAGAAGGAAGGAGGAUUUUCCAACUCCAAACAGAAUUAGCUGAUCUCACAUUACAAGCUAUUCAGUCUGCUUACAUUCCAGGAUCCAGGUUUUUGCCUAGUGAGAGUAACAAGAGAAUGAAGGAAUUGGAGAAGGAAAUACGCGCUUUACUGAUGGGUAUUAUCAAGAACAGAGAGAAGGCAAUGAAAGCAGGUGAAGCUACAAAGAAUGAUUUAUUAGGCAUACUUAUGGAAUCCAAUAUUACAGAAAUCAGAGAAAAUGGAAACAACAAAAAUGUUGGAAUGACUAUCAAUGAUGUGAUUGAAGAGUGCAAACUAUUUUACUUUGCCGGGCAAGAGACCACCUCAGUUUUGCUCGUUUGGACUUUGGUUUUAUUGAGUAAGCAUCAAAAUUGGCAAGCUGGUGCAAGGGAAGAGGUUUUGCGAGUCUUUGGCCAUAACAAGCCUAACUAUGAUGAGUUGAAUCACUUGAAAAUUGUGUCGAUGAUAUUGUAUGAGGUACUAAGGCUAUAUCCGUCAGUAGUUAUGGCUCCUAGAGCUAUUGACCGAGAAACAAAGCUUGGAAACUUGUCAUUACCGGCUGGCGUGGAGAUAACAUUGCCGAUUGUCCUUGUUCACCAUGAUCAGGAACUUUGGGGUGAUGAUGCAUUGGAGUUUAAACCAGAGAGGUUUUUGGAAGGUAUUUCUAAGGCGACAAAGAACCAAGUUUCAUAUUUCCCGUUCGGAUGGGGUCCUCGGAUAUGCAUUGGACAAAAUUUUGCUCUGAUGGAGGCAAAAAUGGCUUUGGCGUUGAUUCUGAAAAACUUUACAUUCGAGUUAUCUCCAUCCUAUGUUCAUGCUCCUCGUAAGAUUUUUACUGUGCAUCCAGAACACGGUGCCCAUUUGAUUUUGAAGAAACUAUAGAGCGAAAACUGUCAAUUAUUGUUAAAUAAGAUUGGCUGAACUCUUAGAACAUUAUAUAUGAUACUCUGUACCAAAAAUAUAUAGUAUAACUUUAAUUCAGCCUACAGUGUGCAUA